CUACCUGCUUUCCAGUGGUGACGACAGGUCACGUGUCAUUGUUUAGAGCAGGAAACCUGGAUGGCGGCAGUUCACUGAGAUAAGUCCCCUUGUAUUUAUGAUUUACUUUUGUGCCCAGCCUAACAAUGGGGAGGAACGUGUAUCCAGUGGUGAGGGAGAGCAAUCGCUAAUAUGGGCACAAGUGGAGUAAACCUGGACAAUCAUCCAGCUGCUGCUAGCUUGUAGCUGUAGCUCACCAGUCAGCCGGAGGGGAACGAGGAGCUAACCCGAGUUAGCAAUUCGCUGUCUGGCUAACCGCUGUCAUUCUCACGACUUGACUCUUAACCUCCUCAAAGCGGUUGCUUUCGUUAGUGACUUCUUUUGUUGAACAUAUACGGACAAUAUGGAGCUAUUCCAAGCCAAAGACGAUUACAUUCUUCAGAACGAGGACCGCGCUCUUUGGUAUAGCCGAAAGGAUGGUACCGUGACACUGAAACCUGCAACAGACCUACUGCUUGCUUGGAACCCAGUAUGUUUGGGCUUGGUGGAAGGAAUCAUCGGAAAGAUACAGCUUCACACAGAUCUUCCUCUCGGCCUUGUAUUAAUCCGCCAGAAAGCGCUUGUUGGACAUUUGCCAGGCAACCACAAAGUCUACAAGAUCAUCAAGAUAGCCGUCAUUCCUCUGUCUGAUGAAGAGCCGCAGGAGCUGGAGCUGGAGCUGUGCAAAAAGCAUCAUUUUGGAAUUGACAAAUCAGAGAAACUGGUUCAGUCUCCUGAUGAGUCCAAGUUAAUGAAAACCUUAAGCCAGAUCAAAUCCAAUGUGGCUGUGCCCAUUAAGAAAAAGUAUUCCCCUGCCUUCCAGGUAAAGGAAAACAAAGAGAAGGAACGUCUCGAGAGGCGGCUGCUCGAUGAGCUCUACAAAAUAUUCAUGGAUUCUGACUCCUUCUACUACAGCCCAACCUAUGACCUGACAAACACUGUGCAGCGUCAAGGAGAAUUGGAAAAGACCAAUUUACCGCUUUGGAAGCAGGUGGAUGACCGUUUCUUCUGGAACAAACAUAUGAUUCAAGAUCUUGUAGACCUGCAGACCCCUGAGGUGGACUUUUGGGUGAUACCAAUCAUCCAGGGCUUUGUCCAAGUGGAGGAACUUGUGGUGAAUUACAAUGAAACGUCUGAUGAGGAACGGAGCAGUCCUGAAACUCCACCGCAGGAGGUGACCUGCGUUGACGACAUCCAUCCCCGCUUCACCGUCGCCCUCAUCUCCAGACGUAGCCGCCACCGAGCAGGAAUGCGGUACAAACGUCGAGGAGUCGAUACAGACGGCCAUGUGGCUAACUAUGUGGAGACGGAGCAGCUGAUCCACGUGCACAGCCACACUCUGUCCUUUGUGCAGACUCGUGGCUCUGUGCCUGUCUUCUGGAGCCAGGCAGGAUACCGCUACAAUCCCCGACCACGCUUGGAGAAAGAAGAGAAGGAGACCAUGCCGUACUUUGCUGCCCACUUCGACGAGCAACUUGAACUCUACAGGAAAGAAGUCAUCAUUAACUUAGUUGACCAAAGUGGACGAGAGAAGUUGAUUGGGGAUGCGUAUCUAAAGCAAGUGCUUCUUUACAACAACCCAAACCUCACCUAUGUGUCAUUUGACUUCCACGAGCACUGUCGAGGGAUGAAAUUUGAAAAUGUGCAAAUACUGACAGAUGCCAUCUGUGACAUCAUCACUGACAUGAAAUGGGCCUGGGUGGACCAAGCUGGCGUCAUCUGCAAGCAAGAGGGAAUCUUUCGAGUCAAUUGCAUGGAUUGUCUGGACAGGACCAACGUAGUCCAGGCUGCUAUUGCUCGGGUGGUUAUGGAACAGCAGCUGAAGAAAUUGGGUGUGAUGCCUCCGGAGCAGCCGCUACCUCUCCAAUGUUAUCGGAUCUAUCAGAUCAUGUGGGCCAACAAUGGCGACACCAUCAGCAGACAGUACGCUGGAACAGCAGCACUUAAGGGAGAUUUUACAAGGACGGGGGAGCGAAAACUGGCUGGUGUGAUGAAGGAUGGCGUGAACUCAGCCAACCGUUACUAUCUGAACCGAUUCAGAGAUGCUUACAGACAAGCAGUAAUCGAUCUCAUGAUGGGUCAUCCAGUGACUGAAGACCUCUAUUCGAUUUUCAGUAAGGAGAAGGAGCAUGAAGAAAAAGAGCAGGAAAGCCAAAGAGGAGCCCAGGAGCAAGUCAGCCUGUUGUUGCAGACAUACAUGCAGCUUCUCUUACACGAUGAUGAGAGGUUUCACGGUGGUUGGGCUCUCAUUAACUGUGACAUGAGUCUUAUCGACGCCACUAAUAAAGACGUGGGCGUUCUUCUGCUUCUGUCUGACAAAGCCUACUACAUUGCUUACUACGACGAAGAAGCGGAUAAAGUCAACCAGUACCAGCGCCUCAAUUUAGAGGGUUUGGAAAAGAUCGAAAUUGGUCCAGAACCGACACUGUUUGGCAAACCAAAGUUCUGCUGUAUGCGUCUGCAUUACAAAAAUGAAGUGUCAAGUGGAUACUUUCACACACUGCGAGCAGCCACCCGAAAUCCUGAGGAUGACGGAAAAGAUACACUACAGUGCAUUGCUGAGAUGCUUCGCAUUACAAAACAGGCCAGGGGGUUGGAACUACUGGUGGUUGAAAAGAAGUUGGAGAGGCGUCAGAGCAGACCUCAUGAAGAUAUCAUGGGGAUCCAGAACAAAAUUGGUGAGCAGGCGCAGGGCAGCUCUGGGCUGGCUCAAGGCAAAAGUUUCCUCCUCAAUAAGUUCUCCUCUUUGAAUCAGAAAGUAAAACAGACCAAAACGAACGUGAACAUCAGCACCUUCAAGCCUCUCGGCAAGCUGGGAAAUUUCUCUAAGCCUGACGUGAAGGUCAAUUUCCUGAAGCCACAUGUUAACCUGUGGAAGUCAGACAGCAGCUUGGACACAUCUGAUGGCAAUCCCGUCGCAGGAACCUCCAAAGAUACCAACGACGUCAAUUUUGAUCUCUCGGAUGAUUCCGACUCUUAUAAUUCGGACACUGACCAACCGCGCUCCAGCUCCUUUGAGAAUGUGGACUACGUGCUGCCCAGCUGUGGCAUCGUAGCAUCUAACCCGAGACUGGGCAGUCGCUCCCAGUCCGUAAGUAGCGCCGAGCUAAAUAUUCCCUCAAUUAUCCGCGUCAGUGGCUGCGAAGGCCAACAGGAGAGCUCUUCUCAGGUCAGCGAAGACAAGUCCCCGGCCUCAGUGGCUGAAGAAGCCAUUCUGAUUGACUUCGACACUCCCUUUGAUGCCUACUGCCACCAGUUUGUCCAGGACGCGCAGACCAAACCCGUCGAGGUCUUCGGAGAACGGCCGCCCAAGCCCAUCGUGCCUGCGCAGAAUAAAAGCCCAGCGGACCCCAAGCAGCCAAGCACAACGCCACAGCAUCAGCAGGAGGAGGAGGAGUCAAACCUCCCCAGGCCAUCCCAGCUUGACGUCCAGACCACUACCUCCUCUUCGAACCUUCUCAACAUUCAAAAGCCUAGCUCUGCCGUGUCAGGUGGCUCUCAGAGGAGUCUGGGCUCACAGCUGGAGAGCAGCCUUGGCCCUUCGCCCGCUGACAGCAACGGCAGCCGGGUCGUGUCCCCCUUUGCCAAGAUCAAGAGCUCCAUGGUCCAGGUUGCCAGUCUCACCCAAGCGGGGCUCACUCAGGGCAUCAAUUUUGCCGUGGCCAAGGUGCAAAAAAGCCCGGAGCCCGAGACGGUCAACGAGGCCCAAGAGAGUGAGUUGAAGGCAAUGUUUACGCAGUGCCAGACCAGGAUCAUUCAGAUCUAGUGCUUUGCUCAGAGAAGCAGUUUUGGAGGACGUCAUAUAAAAACGUGUCGUUAGCGUAGCGGUAGCAAUGACUUGUCCUUAGCCUCACUCCUUGGCCAACACAUGUGCCGUCACUUAUAUACCCUUUAGUUUAAGUAGCCAGUGUUGUACAGAAUUGAGAACGAUAGGCAGUACUAACAAUGUUUACAUGCACACAAGAACAUGCAGUUUCUCUUUUUUAAAAGGAACAUUUUGCACCUUACAAUAUCCUCCAAAUUCAGGCGUUUGUCAAUUUUAUCGGUUGUCACUCGCCAUCAUAUUUUCUUAUCUCGAUUUUUAAAGCCACCCCUGACAAAAUGUGCAAUUUAAUACUGUAUAUACAUAAAAUAAAUCCGUUUUUCAAAAGGUUUACCACUUCUACAUCGGAGGCACGUUUCUAUAAAAGGCUGCAUGUGUGCAUCAGCAAGCUAAACCAUUUUCAAACUAACCCUUCCACUUUGCCUCAGUGGAAGAAUUUAACACAUAUAUUCCGGAAAACAAAGCUACAGCAAACCAUAAGUCAUUUUUAAGGAGCUUGAAUGGUGUGCAGUUUUUUGUGCAUGUAAACAUAACACUGUCCUCAGGUGAUUUUAAUGCCCACAAUGCUUGCAUGACAAGUUGGUGCUAAUGGCUGACUUUGACAGAGCAGAUCAUUAUUAGCUGCAUGAUAAUAGACCAACUCUGGAUUAAUAAUGUACGACACAGUAUGUGCAGGUCACCUAUUGGUAUUUGUGAUAGAUAAUAAUCUUUCGUAAGAGCUGUCCUUAAUGUCUGACCAACUAACUUGUGCGGAUCCGACAUGAUGUUCUGGUGUAAACUAUUAGAAACUAACAAGACAACACCUAUGUAAUAUCAAUAUUGUCAAGUGUUGCUAUUAUGUAGUUCAAACUUUGAUGACACAACACCUUAGUAAGAGUUUGAUGAUUGUGAGUGUGUUCGGAGUAUCUGCUCUGUUCCCUGUUUAACACCUUCCCUUGGGAUUUUUUGUUUUGUUUUUUAUGGAUGCUAGGGUGGCAGCUAAAUGGAGAUAAGAGCAUAUAUCGGAAUCAAAUAUAUCAAUAUAUAUUUUGAAAAGUUGUAUCAAAAGGAAGAAGGGUGUCUCCAUAUAACCGGUCUUUAAAGGGUCGGACUAAUUCACUGUAAUUUAAAUUCACAUUGUAGAUUGUUGUUGUAUAGACAGCCGAGUAGCACAUUCUAAGUAUAUAUGCAAAUGCACCGAUUCAAUUAUAAAGAAACUCCUGAAACUGAAAGCUUACUUGCCUUAACGGGGAAUUAAAGUGGGACUCUGUGUAUAUCAGGUAUUUGUCGUAAAAUCUACGUUUUCGAUCCUUUUUUUUCUUCCCCACGUUAUAUUUGUGUACUGUACUGUAUAGAAAAUGUUCAGGGUAACUCAUCUUGGGAUAUUUUAUCAGCACCCCCCCCCCCCCCCCCAUUUUAUGAUCAGAGGUUUUGCAUCAUUGUUUUCUGAAAAUAUUCAAUUGGAGACUCUGCCAUGCGUAAUCUAGGGAGUUAAAGAUUUGGGGUCACUGUAUCAAACCGAUUGUAGUCUGGUCUGUGUUGAGAUGGAAUAUCCCAAGAUAAUUGGUCACACUUUUCAUAUUUAUCGUCAUUAAAUUCGCAAGUUUCAAUUGUUUACCUUGUGGUUGCUGUAUUAUUAUUAUUAUUUUGGAGAGUGGAGCUGCCAAAAGCUUUAAGGUAUUGCUGGAAUGUAGUUUUAAUGCAGAAGUUGUAUUUAAAUAAUGCAUUAGGAUUACAACACUGGAGGAAAAGGAAUCCUCAACAUUCCUAAGAGACACCACAAUUAUGUUUUUUUUUUGUAAUGUAAUAGUUUGCAUUAUUGUAAUCCUGUUGAGGGUGAUACUCUUCAUUUAUUUUUGACACAAGUACUUCAGCAACAAUGUAUUCAUUUUCUUUCUGUUGUGCUUGUCCUGCCCUCCUACAACACGACAAGUUCUUAAAGCAUUUCUUCAGCACUGUAGCCAUGUCAUCUGCUUGUGGGUCACCCCUUUUUUUUAGUCAACCCUCUUCCAGUGUUGACAUUGUAUUAUAUAUAUUAAAGUCUCCUAUUUAUUCUCA